AUGGCUGCUGAAAUGACUUCCAUGCAGUCAGUUUCCACAAUUAAUGCAACAUUUAUUCGUCCCUCUAUGUUUUACAUUAGUGGAUUUCAUAAUAUUCCACAUGCUAAAUACUACUACAUGUUUUUAUGCUUUGUCUAUGCUGUGACUGUGUUAGGGAAUUCUUUUAUAAUGGGCAUCAUUUAUUUGGCACGCACUCUGCACACAGCAAAGUAUAUAGCUGUGUUUAACUUGGCCUUGUGUGAUCUGUGUGGAAGCUCUGCUCUUAUUCCAAAGAUUGUGGACAUGUUUCUGUUUGAGAAUCAGUACAUAUCUUAUGAAGCCUGUCUGGCAAACAUGUUUUUUGUUUUUGUCUUUAUGGCCCUGGAGUCUCUCAGUCUGCUUGCUCUGGCUUAUGACAGGCUGGUUGCUAUAUGCUUUCCUCUGAGGUAUCAUGCAAUUGUGACCAAAGCAGCAAUGACUCUGAUUAUUGGUGUUAUGUGGAUUUUUUCUGUGUCUAUUUUUGCUCUUACUGUAUCUCUGAUUACCAGACUGUCCUUCUGUAGAUCUGUUGUUGUUGACAGUUAUUUCUGUGAUCAUGGCCCCAUCCAUAGACUAGCAUGUAAUGAUAACUCUAUAAACAUCAUAAUGGGGGUCAUCUGUAUUGCUGUACUGAUUUUCAUUCCAUUGAUAUUUAUAACUUUGUCGUAUUUCUUUAUUGGUUUUGCUUUGCUUAAGAUGUCUCGUGGGUUUGAAAGAACCAAAGCUAUGAAAACCUGCACAGCCCACCUCAUAUUAGUGGCCAUAGUUUAUCUACCAAUUUCAAGUAUUUACAUUGCUGCUUAUAUAAUACCUAUAAGUUCAAAUGUCCGGAUUUUCAAUACUGCCCUGACACAAACUAUUCCACCUAUGUUAAAUCCCAUCAUUUACACUCUAAAGACAGAGGAGGUUUUGCAGUCUCUUAAGGCAAUCUACAGACACACGAAGGUGAACUCUGUAAUGGAAAGAGCCAUUAAAAAUGCUGUGACAAACUAA